UUACACUCGCGGGCUCGUCCUUUUCUAACUUUUAAUAGAAAAUUCUUUCUUUACCCGGGCGGGCAACGAAGGGGCGCACGUACGUCAAUUAUAUGUUCCCCACAUCCACUUCACGCAUUUUCCAUAAAAUAUGGGUAAGUGAGUAAAAUAGAACACAUCGCACUCAACUGAAGCAAAAAUGGACACCAAACUGCUGUUUGGCUGUCUGUUUUCAUAUUUGUUUACAUUAUUAUUUGACUUUGGGAAAGCCAAAUGGUCACCAGAGAAAUGUAGUGAAGUUGGUUAUUCUCCCAAUCUUCUUUGUGGAUCUUGUGAUGAUUUAAAACAAUUUAACCUUUCCUCACUAGAAGAAACUUGCAGAAAUUGUUGUGAAACUGGAAAGGACGAAAAUGCAGAACAAAGGCACGCAAAGGUAACUUUAAAAGUGUGUCAAUGAAAAAUUGGAAGAUAUCCUCAAAUCCAAGCUUUUAUAAAAGGAGAUAAGAAAGAUAAGUUUGCAAAUCUUAAAAUUCAGUAUGAACGUGGCGCCAAUCCACAACUUUUGUUGCAUGAUGAUUCCGAUGCUGUGAAAGAGGUUCUGAGCAUUGAUAAAUGGGACACAGACACGAUUGAUGAGUUUUUGAUGGAGAAGUUACGACGAUAAACAAUGUAAAUUACUGCAUUCAUUUAAUAUAAACAACAAUUAGGAUAUAAUGUUUUUGUAUGAAAGAUUCUCUGUGUUUUUGAUGCUUCAUUUACUCACUUAAAACUAAUCGAUUAUAGUUAACCAAGAGUAAGUUUUCAACAGAAAAUUUGUUUGAAAAAAAGUCACCUUAUAAAAAAGUUUAGCGUGGUAAGAUUUUGCAAAUUUAUUUAUUGUUGUGUAGGGAUUUUUAGAAUUAUUAUUAUUAUUGUAAUUAUUAUUACUUUUUUGCUAGAUAUUUUUAUAACUAGCUUGGUAUGAGGAUGCCACCAUUUUUAGUUCUUUAUAAUACUUAGAUAUAUACAAAAUAUUUUAUGAUUGUUUGCAUUUAAAACCUUCGGUUAUGUACACAUGAUAUAAGUAUUAUAUAGAACUUACAACAA